GUCGAGAUGAUGGAACCCAAGCACGUCGUGAAUUCAGAACCAGCAAACUGGCAAAUACUAAGAAAUCCGGAGAGAGGUACCUAGGUAAUGGCCUCGCAAGCAAUGACUACCCGAACUUUGGACCUUUUCGGAACAAGAGAGCUCCGUCCGCUGACUGAGCGGUACGCGGCGGAGAGGGGGCGGUGCUUCUGACAGCUUCCUCACCCAAGAUGAAUCCACCACGCGUCUCCUUCAACAUCCUAUCACAUUCACCACGCGCAAUGCCCGUUUGCAGGACAGACUUCUAGGCAACUCGCUCAACCAUCUCCAUCCUCCUUUCCGUCCGCCGGCGCCUCUGCGCCCUCCGCGAGCCAUCCUCCAGCACCCGAUAGUCUCACCAUGCCCGCAGACCAUUAUGACGCCCGCGCCCUGGCUCUGCCCAUAGACGAGGAAAGGCCAGAAAGGGUGAACAGCCCAAUAUGGAGUCGCCGAUCCUCUUCCUUCCGCCGCAAUGAUUCAUUCUCCACCCAUCCGCCGACAUUGCGGGAACGGAUGAUGAAGAACGCGGGCAAACUCCAGCGGAGAGCGAUGAGAACAUACAACCAUCUAUCGCCUUGGCAAAGAGCCCUGCUGGUGACGGGAGGGUUGGCGUGCCUUGUCUUGUCGAUAUUAUUCAUCAUAUACAAUGAGGCCAUCUUCCGGGCGAUACUACCCUAUACCAAGAAAUGGCGGGAUUUGCCAGCCGGCUGGCUGAUUCUCUGGGUGCUGAUAUUUGUCGUAUCAUUCCCUCCUCUGUUAGGUUACUCGACGCUUUUGACUAUAUGUGGAUUCGUUUUUGGAUUCCCCAACGGAUGGUUCAUCGCCGCCAGCGCAUCGGUAGUUGGAAGCACCGUCUCGUUUAUACUAUCCCGCAGCGUUCUGAAGAACAUGGUACACCGUCUGGUAGCUCACGACACGCGCUUUGCGGCGCUCGCUCUCACGCUGAAACACGACGGCAUCAAACUCCUCGUCAUGAUUCGAAUGUGUCCCCUCCCUUACUCGCUCUCCAACGGCGCCAUUGCCACGUUCCCUACUGUACAUUGGGCAUCAUACGCCUCCGCGACGGCAAUAGUGUCUCCGAAGCUCAUGCUUCAUGUCUUCGUCGGCUCCCAGCUGGAGAAGAUCGCCGAGGGCGGCGGCAAGAUGGACGCCAAAACCAAGGCCAUCAGCUAUUUAAGCAUCGUCAUCGGUAUUGUAGCGGGUUUGGCGACGGGCUGGAUCAUGUAUCGCAAGACGAAAGAGAGGGCCGCGGAACUGGAGGCAGAGGAACGGGCCGGUGUAAGAAGAGCGUCAGUUGAGGACCUUGAGCGAGAGUAUGCGGAUGAUCCGGAUGCGCUAGAGGCCGCAGAAACAUUGAGAGAAGAGGAGGAUGACAUCAGUCUUCGGUCUGGUUGGGGAGAUGAGUACCAUGAUGACCCAUCGGAGUUGGAAGACGAUCUCGAGAUAACGAAUGAUCCUUUCAAAGCCGGAGACGAUGAGGAGGAGGAAAACGCUGGGAGGCGCUAAGAGUCCUCAGCGACGGGUGUUUCUGAAGUUAGGAUCAUCAUUUUGCGGCAGGUUGUAUUUUGAAGACGAUCUUUUGUCGCCGCAUCUAUAACGGAUAGAACUCAGGACUGGUCGGGUUGGAUAUUUUCAGACCUAAUGAGCCUGUUUUGUGUCGCAUAACUUAGAUAACCCAUUGGAGCAUCUGUAUGACCAAUAGAUACAGAUACCAUUGAAUACCUG